AUGGAAAUCAACGUGGACAAGACGAAAUACACACUUUUUGGAACCUCAGACCCGCAUCCCCUUUCUCUUAAACUACGCGGUAUCCCCGUAGGCCCGGAGAAAACACCUGAACUCCUAGGCAUCACCUUCCCUAACUACCGAGGCAUGUCUACCCAUGUGGUUCAAACGAGACAACGCAUGAAUUUUCGAUUACUACAACUUGCAGCAAUCUCCUCCACCACAUGGGGAUCGAAGCGUGAUGUCCUUCGAACCUUCUACCUGACACUAGUUCAAGCCCGGACGCUCUACGGCUUUGAGAUCUGGUAUUGGGAUGCGGCUCCCACUUCACGCAGAGUUCUAGAUUCAGGUCAAAACAAAGCUUGCCGAACCAUAGCAGGUAUCCCAUAUGGGUGUCGCUCCGCCGACGCACUACGUGAAGGCUGUCUUCUCCCAUUAGAGAUGAUGGCCAUGAUUCGGAGCCUCAAAUAUUUAAUGCGAUGCCAAACACGAGGUGGAUCUCUCAAAGAAAGCGCAGAACAAGUCUAUCACGAAACCCAUCCAGUACGAGAAUUCUAUGUACGCAUCAUGAAAAUCUAUCCAACACUCGUUAUAGAGCCACGCGAGCCCCCUUUACUGACACCAACUCUACGGUUCGGUAAACGCGCUCGCUUCUUCACAUCGCUGGAAAAUGUCUCAGCUGAUGACCCUGAAGAACGGAAAAAAGAAGCAUCCGAGCGUUGGAUAGCCCGUCACUUCCGCCGUAAAGGCACAGAUCCGCCGCCGCGUACACAUUAUGAAAUCUGGACUGAUGGCUCCGUAUUUCUCGGAGUAAAAUCUGGAGCAGCAGCAAUGAUAUACAAAGAUGGUGAACUGCUAUGCACCACACAUAGAGGCGCUGGCCCCCUAGCCUGCAGCUACACAGCCGAAUCCGUAGCGCUAUACGAAGGUUUACGGAGACUCCUCAAAAUAAUUCCCGCAAAUAACCCAACACCAUGCAGGGUCUCCAUUUUUACGGACUCACUGUCUCUUCUCACGGCACUGGAAACAGGCCCACUGACCGUCAAAGACCCUAUACUACGGCUCCUGUGGAACCUAAUACUUCAAGUGCAACGUCACAAGGCCCGCAUACGACUACAAUUUAUCUUUGGUCACUGCGGUGUAGUAAAAAAUGAAAAAUGCGAUACAGAAGCCAAAAAAGAUGCAGAACUACCGCAAAGAACUGAUACUUGGAUCACAGAUAUAAUAGCCCACGCUAAACGAAUACUUAAGGGAGAGGAUAAACCCCAUCUCUCCCAUACAUUAAAAAUCACGGGAUCCCGGGACCCCACCAAAGACAACCCGGAACUUACUAGAGAAGAAGAAACAGCCUUAGCACGUUUUAGCACAGGUGCUUCGCAUCGCUAUGGCUAG